CUAAUAUCUCACAAUGGCCAUGCAAAACAGAAAACUUGACAUCCUUCCACAUCUGCAGGAACUCACAGAGGAGAAUUUUAAAGAAUUCAGAUACUGGUUAUGCAGCUUGGCAUUAGAUGACAAAUUCCCAGUUCGCCGUAGCAAGCUGGACAAGGCAGACUGUGUAGAUGUUGCAGGUCUCCUGAGAGAGCACUACGGCGAGGAGAGAGCAGUGGAUGCAGCUAUUGAAACCUUCAAAAUGAUCAAUCGGAGGGACUUGGCUGGGAAACUCCAAGCGGAAAAGGACAGAGCUUUGGGCCCUGACCAAACCCGUGGAAGAAGAGCAGAAGGUUACAGGAAGAAGUACACUGCGCACGUACAGGAUAAGUACGGAGUAAUGAAAGACAGGAACUCUCUUCUUGGUGAGAAUGUAAUUCUAAACAGCAGAUACACCAAGCUGAUUAUUGUAAAGGAAACACGUGCCAGAAAGGAAAGACAAUAUGAAAUAAUGGCCUCGGGACAGAGACAUGCAGAAAUCAUGUCUGAGCAAAAGAGAUCCAUCACCAUCGGUGACUUAUUUGCAGCUGAUGAGAAAGGGAAAACUCAGCGAAUUGCUGUGCUGCUGGGAGCUGCAGGGAUUGGGAAAACACUGACAGCAAAAAAGAUCAUGUUUGACUGGGCAACUGGAAAGCUUUACAGCAAAAAGUUUGAUUAUGUUUUCUACAUAGACUGCAGAGAAGUUAACUUUGACAUUGAGCAGGGAAGUGUGGCAAAUCUGAUCUUAAGGAACUGUCCUGAUCAACAUGCACCGAUUGAAGCAAUGUUGGUGAAUCCAGAGAGACUCCUGUUUAUAAUUGAUGGCUUUGAUGAACUGAGAUUGUCCCUGGAUCAGCCAGAAGAGAAUCUGUGCUCUGAUCCCUGGGAGAAGAAACCAAUGGAAAUCGUGCUGAGCAGUUUAGUCCGGAAAAAAGUCCUUGAGAAAUGUUCCUUACUCAUUACUACAAGACCAGCUGCUGUGGAGGAGCUCAGGCAGUGCUUGCACAAUGAGCGCUACGCUGAAAUCCUGGGGUUUUCAGAAACCGAGAGGAGAGAAUACUUUGACAAAUAUUUUGGGGAUAAAGGGAAAGCAAGAAAAGCCUUUAAUUUUGUAAAAGAAAAUGAAAUGCUCUUCACCAUGUGCUUUGUCCCCAUUGUCUGUUGGAUCGUCUGCACUGUCAUAAAGCAGCAGAUGGAUGAAGGUGAAGAUCUUGCACAGACUUCGACAACAGUCACAGGAGUGUACCUGCUCUACCUUUACAAUUUACUGAGGGAUCCAAGAAGCAAGUCAAAGCAACUCCUGCAAACUAACUUGAAAGGACUUUGCUCCUUGGCUGCAGAUGGGGUCUGCAGGCAGAAAAUCCUGUUUAGGGCAGAAGAGCUGAAGAAGCACAGCUUAGAUACUGCUGACUCCCUCUUUCUGAAUGAGAACCUCUUUCAAAAAAGCACUGACUGUGAAUGUCUCUACAGCUUCAUCCACCUGUCUUUUCAAGAGUUUUUUGCAGCUUUGUUUUAUGCUCUGGAAGAAGAAGCAGCAGCAGUAGGCGAAGGCUCAGGAAAUGACAUGCAAGCUUUAACAACUUUGUUAGCCAACUAUGGGAAAUCUAUGAAUCAUUUAAUGCUAACAGUGAGAUUUCUGUUUGGUUUCUUAAAUGAAGAGAGAAUGAAGGACAUUGAGAAAAAACUGAGCUGCAAAAUGUCAUUGAAGAUUAAACCAGAAUUACUGAAAUGGAUUAAAAUAAAGCCCAAAACAUCUCCCUUGUCUUUAGGAUCUCAUGGGCAGAGGUCAGGUUUUGCACCUAAGGUUGAAGCACUUUAUCAGCUUGAGAAAUUUCACUGUUUGUAUGAAAUUCAGGAUGAAAAUUUUGUGCAAAGUGCACUGAGACAUUUAAUAACUUUAAAGUUACAACAUCAUACAUUUACCCAAAUGGAUCAAGAGGUACUUGCAUUCUGUUUAAAAAACUGCCACCAAUUAGAGUCACUUCUUCUAGAAUCCUGUGAAUUCAGAUACGAAGCCCUAAACGAAGAUGUGUCGAGAUCCCAAAAUUGGUCACCUCCGGAACAGGAGACUCACUUGUCUAUUUGCCUGCUGUGUCAAGCCCUGAAAGACCCACGCUGUAAAGUGAAAAGGCUACGGCUGAGGGAUUGCAAGCUCACAGAUGCCUGCUGUGGCGAUCUCGCCGCUGUUCUCAGCACCAGCCCCAACCUGAUGCAGCUGGACCUGAGUGGCAAUGGUGGUUUGGGAGUUUGCGGCGUGCAGCUGCUGUGCAAGGGACUGAAAUAUCCCAGCUGCAAGUUACAGACGCUGCGGUUGCGGUGGUGCCGUCUCACAACCACUUGCUGUGGGGAUCUCGCCGCUGCUCUCAGCACCAGCCCCAGCCUGACACUGCUGGAUCUGAGUGGUAACACUGGUCUGGGGGAUGUCGGUGUGCGGCUGCUGUGCGAGGGACUGAGACGUCCCAGUUGCAAGUUGCAGACACUGCGGUUGCAGUGCUGGCAUCUCACUGAUGCCUGCUGUGAGGAUCUUGCCACUGCUCUCAGCACCAGCCCCAGCCUGACGGAGCUGGACCUGGGUGUUAAUUCUGGUCUGGGGGAUGGCGGCGUGCAGCUGCUUUGCGAGGGGCUGAGACAUCCCAGCUGCAAGUUACAGACACUGAGGUUGCAGUGGUGCCGUCUGACCGAUGCCUGCUGUGAGGAUCUUGCUGCUGCUCUCAGCACCAGCCCCAGCCUUACAGUGCUUGACUUGAGUUAUAAUAGGGGUCUGGGGGAUGGCAGCAUGCAACAGCUGUGCCAGGGACUGAGACAUCCCAGCUGCAAGUUGCAGACACUGGGGUUGCAGAGUUGCCGUCUCACAGUUGCCUGCUGUCAGGAUCUCACUGCUGCUGUCAGCACCAGCCCUAGCCUGACACAGCUGGACCUGAGUUAUAAUAAGGGUCUGGGAGAUGGUGGCGUGCGGCUGCUGUGCGAGGGACUGAGACAUCCCAGUUGCAAGGUGCAGACACUGCGGUUGAGCCUUCAUGAACUAAAUGCAGAAACAAAGCAAGAGCUGGAGGCUGUGAAAGGAAUGAAACCGGGUCUGGUCAUAGAGCAGUUGGAAGAGGAUGUGUUCGAUGACAGUGCAGAUUGGUAGAAAAUCCUCCUGCACCAGCUGCUCUGCCAGUAGCUGGAGGAGAAGGGGAGGAGCUGGGACCACCUGGCAUUCAAGCUGGGCACCAUCAUUUCCAGGGACUCCAGCAGCAACAUACAGCCGGUGUGGUAGGAUUUGAGUGAAGAUGGCCAGGGCCAAUCUCCUGUGGGUGAGAGAGACUCAUGAGUAGGAACAGUGCUUCCUUCAUGUUUGAUGUGACUUUUGGGGGUGGGAGAGGGUAGAGAGCAGCAGGGCUGAAGGGCUCAGGCCCUGGGGAUGGGGAGCUGUGGGCUCCUGAGAGGUCUGGGUACCAGUUCCUUUCUGCUUCUGUGGGCAGAGAAGAGGCCCCCAAAGCCACUCUUUGGAGCCCACGGGGAGUUUCCAGUCUGCAGUGUAGCUGUCCCUGGCACUUGUGUAUCCCCGACGAAAACGGUCCGGUUGUCUGAACAACUACGUUAGUUGUUCUAGCUGGCAGGGCUCAGGCCAGCACGUCCGUCUACAAAUCAGGCCGGCAGGGAAAAGGAUACGUCUGGGAUUGCGCUUGGCGACAGGGAGAAGAAUCGAUAAGUGAUCAGUCUAUUGAUCAGCUCAGCCACGAGUCAGAUCUCUUCAGAAGCACUCUGCAGCGUGCUCAAAGUUCUCCGACUUGGGCGGAAGUCGUGCUAAUUUUUAAACAGCUAGCAAGCCAAUUACUAGCCGCCACGUGUGCAUAAUUUAGAACUGGCCAAUAGCGGGACACAAAUUUACAUUCGAAUGGCGGGAUCUCUCUUGCACCGGGGGUUUUCUGCAGCAACAGAAAACCUUUACUUUGCAAGAGGCUCUCAUGUGGUUGGAAAAUUCCACCGUGCCGAGGCACCAAAAUCAGUGGGUUGUGACGCCGCAGAGCUGGUGUUUUCUGUCACUGUCCCCAGCAUUGCAGUUUCCCUCGUGCAUAUUUGUGUCCAUUUUGUUGGAGUCCAUGCAGCUGUAAGGGUCUUCAUGUCCUUUGUAGUUUCUGUUUUCCAGGGGAAAUACAUUUCCAAAUGGAUUGGAUUAUUUUCAGUUCUCUAUGCGAGUUGGUCCCUGCAAGGAAGACCAGUAAAAAUAAAAGGUGUCCAGUUACAUUUGUGUGUUAAAAUCCAGUUGUAAAUGCACAUUGGACUGUGCUCCAUGUAUUUUGUUACCCAUCAUGUCAAAUGAAGUUCAUGGUGGCGCUAGUCUUAGGAGGAGCUCAUGCCUGGUUCUUGCUUGUAGACAAUCAAAGGAGAGAAAGCACCGCCAGCAUGCAUGUAGGAAAACCCAGCAUUUCCCAGGCCGCGAGUUCCAGCUGGAACCAAGCACUUUCUUUUCAGUUCUUCUUGAAGCAAAGAGACCUGAAAUGUUUCAGUUAAAAAUAAAUCCCAGUCAAUAUUCAGGUAAUUAUCAAUGAGAACAAAACUGUUUGCUGUGGCGUAAGUGUGAGAAUUAUAGCUAGGGGUCUACCUUACUUCAGGAGGCAGCUGGGCAA